CCUUUUAUCUUCUCAUAACUCUCCAUUCAUCAUCGGCUAAGCCCAACGCAGCGCUUCCUCCGGCAAACCCAUCGUUUCUUUCUCAAAUUCACACAAAAACCCUAAUAUUUCUCUCUGCCGACGCUCCAGUUGGGUCCUCCGACCAACCCACUUUGCCGCUUCUCUACCCUUCAUCGAUACCUGUUUAUUGUUUGGUAAAGAGUUUCAUCUCUGGAAAAGGAAGUGUCUAUCAGAUUGCAAAUGAUGUUGUAUUGUUGGCUAAUCAUUGGUAGUUUAUAGUUUGGUAAGGAUUUUCAUCUCUGCAAAAGGAAGCGUCUAUCAGAUAUUCAGGUGGACUCAGCUGUUACGAUUUGGCAUUUCUCUUAAUUGCCAGUUCAGUUUUUAUUUAUUACACUUGGGUGAAGAGGAGGUUUUUCCAAAGAAAUGAGUUGGAGUGUUGUAGCCACUGCAUUACCCAUUGCUCCUUCAAAAAAUGAGCUAUCCCGAUCAUUGUGUUCUUCUUCUUCUACGAGUAGCGGGGUUGUGUUAUGCUUCUCUUCUAUUUUUCCGAGCAGUGUUAGGUUCAGAAGGUCCUCUUUUUACCCAUCUCCUCAAUUGACUGAAAAAAGAAAGACAAAUACUUCAACCUCCAGGUCCACUAAGCAGAUUUGUAGAGCAACAUCCGAGUACAAAUUUCCCGAUCCUAUUCCUGAAUUUGCUGAGGCUGAGACAGAAAAGUUCAGGACUCAUCUCGUCAAGAGGCUCUCCAAGAAAGAUAUAUAUGAAGAUUCAGUUGAAGAAGUUGUAAAUGUCUGCACUGAGAUUUUCAGUACUUUCCUGCAUACAGAGUAUGGCGGUCCUGGAACACUCCUGGUCCUUCCUUUCAUUGAUAUGGCAGAGACUGUCCAUGGUAGGGGAUUGCCUGGAGCAUCCCAAGCAGCUCGAGUGGCGGUCAAAUGGGCAACAAAUCAUGUUGACAAGGAUUGGAAUGAAUGGACUGGUAGUGACUGACUCGAAAUUUUGUUCGUAGAAAAAACAUGAGUUUACUUUUAUUGCUGUAGUUUUUAGUGUAGAUUUAGAAGCUGUUCCAGAAGUUUUGAUGCCUAUAAUUUUGUAAAACAGAGGAUUGAAUGAUUGUUAUAGAUGCCAUGUAGAAUAUGAAAUUGUGAGCUGGUUUGGUAAUUGUUUUGAGUAUUGACUUUAGUUUAGGGGCAGAAACAUGGUGGAAUUAUCUUAAAUUAUGAGUAUUGCUGAGUA